UUGAAAUUUUUUGGAAUACAUAUAUAAAUUUCUUGACUGAUCAACCAAUUAGAAUAAAAUUAUAAAUACUGUUGGGUUCAUUCUAUUAGGAUAGAGUCUAACAUGAGUAACACAUCAAGAAGUUAAUUUCAAUUAUGGUCCCAUUCAUCUUUUUUCUCAAUCAUACAAAAAUUCAAUAAUAUACGAUACUGAGUUUCAUUGCACGAUUUUACGUAGAAUGAUGAAAUAAUAAAAUUUUAUAUUUGAUCGCGAGAGGGCGCAUUCGCGAAUCACGUCGGCAUUUACCGAAGACGAAGCCAGAUGGAACAGGAUGGAACUCGACGGCGUAAGAGGAAGCGGGAGGGUCAGAUCUUCAAUUCAGUUCGCAUAGUGAAGCAACGUGGAGAAGAAUGAACAUUCGGUCUCCAUCGUUGCUGCAUUGAUAUUAAAUUGUAUUGAAAAUAUCAAAUAAACUUAUCAAAUACAGAUAACCAACUAACGAAUUUCUAAAUGGGCGGUACCGGGUAUCGAGACGGUUAAAAUAUCAUUCUCAGCGAACGAUUGAAAACCCGGUACGACCCGAAGCUCGCCUUGUCAUUCGGUAAUCGUUGAUUUUACUAAAUUAUUAAAUCAUAUUAAUUAUUUAAUCAUUCGCGUUCGUCGAGUCGACGGAAUCGGGUAACGUCAAUCUCGCGAUUCGUCGAGCUACACGGGCGUUCCCAGUCACGUUGAAUUCGGGAACAGCGGCUGAAACAAUUGAAAAUCUCGGCGAGGUUUCAUCAAGAAUCGACAUGCCAACGUUAACGCAAGCGCAAGAUUUGUCGAUCAAUAUCGAUGGAGUAGUGAUCAAGGAUAUAUCCGGUCGGAGGAAGAACGAAGCAUGGCAAAAGCCGUUGCAUCGAGACCAGUUGCAGCAACCACGCGAACAGGAACAGCGAUUGUUCCCAUCUAUAGGCAAUUUGCUGGAGGAUCUCCCGUCGCCGCCGGUUAACUUCCACAGAAGCUUACAGGAGACAUCCAACGACGUCGAUGCAAAAGGUGACAUGUCGAUCUCGGAUUUAUUUGGGCUGGGCUUACCCCGGGGUUCAUUGAUAAAUAACCAGUCAACACCCACGACUCCUGGUUGCCGUAACCACCAGUAUCAAGGACGCAAUCAAGGAGCCUCUCAGCAUUACCAGUUUGACGACAACGAAUUUUGCCCGGAUACGCCGAUGUUCGACGUUCCAAGCUCACCAAGCUCUGUGAACACACCCGGUAGCCCUGGCAGCCCCGAAAGCAUUUACUCGAACUAUCGUCCCUAUUCGUACUCGUGUAGGAGCAGCAGCGAUCAAUCGACAUCAUCGUCGGGUCGAGGAUCCAUGCAGCACAUCGGCUCACCGUCGUCACCCAUUCAUACACCUUUUUCCGGACGACCAAUUCGGGGGUCGACACCUUACAGUACCAGCGACUGCAGUAGUCCGACGUACGAGUAUCCUCGCAUGAUCGCAAGCAACGGAUCAAGAUCAGACUCCCCAACGGACUCGGAAACGAGUGGUACGAGUAAUAUGGACGGGUCUCUGUCCGACAUAAUGAAUUGUUUAUCAUUUAAUUCAUCUCCACAUGGAUGUUACCCUCCGUCUCUGGGUUCGUUUAUGUCACCGGAAGUAGAUUCGUACACGAACAACAGAGCGGCUGCGUUCCAGCGAAUGGCAGCGAAAAAAUAUUUGUCAUCCCGGUUAAACCAAAACGGUGGCUUCUUUAACUCCCGGUGUUCGCAAGAGAAUAACUUCUGCUCCAAUGGAAACCAUAUGAUGGGCCUGAAUUCGCCGCCGUUAAAUAUUCUAGAUCCGCAGCACUGCCUCGAUCGUGCGGCAAGAUUUCAUCGAAGCGCAGCCGCGCUUUGCGACCCAAUUUGUACUUGGAGCGGCAUAUUGCCAGUGCGUACUCAAAAAGCAUCGGGCUAUUCGUCGAAAGUUUUCCUCGGUGGCGUACCUUGGGAUAUUACGGAGUCUCAUCUAAUUGCGACCUUCAAACAAUUCGGUCAGAUCAGGGUAGAAUGGCCGGGUAAAGACCAGGCCGCUACACAGCCGAAAGGAUAUGUGUAUAUUAUAUUCGAAACUGAGAAACAGGUGAGAACUCUUUUGGCGUGCUGUACACACGAUUUUACCAAUGGCGGUAGUUGGUACUACAAAAUAUCAUCUAAACGUAUGAAAGCAAAACAGGUGCAAGUAAUUCCUUGGAUUCUUGAAAACAGUAAUUUCGUCAAGUCAACGUCACAGAAACUUGAUCCUCACAAAACUGUUUUCGUCGGUGCUCUCCACGGUAUGCUGACUGCUGCUGGUUUAGCGAAAGUCAUGGAUGAUCUAUUUCGCGGUGUUAUUUAUGCAGGAAUUGACACAGAUAAGCACAAGUAUCCAAUCGGAUCUGGUCGCGUCACAUUCAGCACAAAGUAUUCCUACAUGAGAGCAAUUUCAGCUGCUUUCAUAGAGAUAAAGACUGCGAAAUUUACAAAAAAGGUUCAAGUCGAUCCGUAUUUAGAGGAUUCUAUGUGUUCCGGAUGCUCAGUACAACAAGGACCUUACUUCUGCCGUGAAAUGACGUGCUUCCGUUAUUAUUGCCGAGCUUGCUGGAUAUGGCAGCACUCUAUGGAAUCAAUGUGGCACCACAAGCCGUUAAUGAGGAACUCGAAGACGAAUCAAGUGGUCGGAUUAUCGCCGAACAUGAAUUUCGCGCCCCGCGGGAUGAUCAAUCCCACGAUUUAAGUACAACGUUUCACGUUUUCUUUCCGAAGAUUAUGCAUUCGAUUUUUUUGACUAUUGUUUUGUGCACGGGCGUAGUGCUAGGCCACUUACUGACAGGAUCCACAUUUAGUUUUUAUCGGAGAGCUGCGGUAGCUGGUUUGACGAUAUUUGUGCCGCAUACCGGAUACACCAGCUGGCCGGCAACAGUACAACGAUUUGUUUAUUAUCGUUAAUAUCACUUACGUCCGGGGCAUACGGAAGACUUACGAAAAGAAAAAAAGAAUAUCGUGUUCCACAAAGAGUUCCUAUUUCCGAACGCGGCCACCACCACGUUCUCGAAGAAACAGUAGCUUAGGGACUGGUUCUCUCGUUGAUCUUUUUAUUACGAAGAAUAUCUAUAUAGUUGUACCAUUGAGCAACACCAUCACAUUAAGGCCCGGUUUAAUGCGUUUACCGAGUGUGCGUUUACGUUGAAUUCGCGUAGGUUCAAUUGUGGCUUUUACAGUGACAAUAAUUUUUUUAUGCAAUAAUGUUGGGGAAGCCACUCGACUGUUGAUGAGUAAGGUGCUAGGAGGAAAUAUGGCUGAGUUUAAUAGUGUUUAGACAUCUAUUAAGAAAGACUAAAACGCGCCGCUAUAAUAAUCUAUCGGCGAAAUAUUACGCUUAAAGUGUUCCAUGAGAUUAGAUUAUCGUACUUUUACAGCGGCAGAAGGAACUUAAUAAUUUACUUAUUAUUAUUUUUUUUUUGCGAGCAGCGUAUUUACUUUAAGCAUUGCCAGAAGCUCACCGACGUCAGUCGACGAUGUCGCCCACCUUUAUAAUUUUACGUUAGUUUGUAAAAUAUCGCCAAAGUGGUUAUUGUAAACAUACUUUAGUUUCUUACGAUAAUUAAUCGGAGCGAUAAGCCGUCGCGAGCUUUCGUUUACAGGGUUUAUUUAACUGUUGACGAAAUGGAGAAGUAUAUGGUUUACGAUUCUGCAGCGGAUUGUAAUGGAACGUUUCUGUUUUUAUUUUUUGUUACGAUAUAAUGUUAUAUAUUUUCUUUCAAACACUAUUUCGUCGCCUUACUUCUGCUCGCGUUUAUACUGUUUUCAUAUAAUUUUGUUGAGUCAAUUAAAAAUGUAUAUUUUUGCAGAUAAGACUCUCAUCGUCGUUGCUAUUUUCUCGUUCCGUCAUUCUGUUAUUUUUUUUUUAUUAUCGUUUGACAAAAUGAUUCUUCCAAACCCUUCUGCCGAUUCCCAACUCCUGGCCUUGAUAAAUAUAUGCUUACGCAAGAUGCUACACGUCGAAUAUUUAUCUGAUUCGAGAAUUAAAACUUGCGAUUUGAAGUAUUGAAAAUUUUAGAUAUAAUAAUCGAUAUCUGCAAGGGGCAUAUAUACAUUUAUAUGUAUAUAUAUAUAUGUAAUCAAUUGCAAAUUAUAUUACUACGAUACUGAAUUAAGUACUAAUAUCGGAGGGAGGGAAGAAUGUAAGAUUAUCUGAGUUACUAAAAUUUCGCUUAGGUCAAGAAAGUGGAACAAAUACAAGAAUAUAUCGUUAGCAUUCUAACGUCAAUGCAAUUAUCAAAUACACAUAUAUAAUAACAAUAAGGAACUACUCAUAUGAAGUGCUUUAAUACAACGUACUAUAAUAUAUACUACUCGACAAAAUUAUGGCAACACGAAACUUGCCCAAGUUUUGGAGAUGAUUAUUCGGCAAAUGAUCUAAGUCUCACAAGUUGUCAUUGCAAUUUUUUAAUUUUGGACGUGUCUUUAGAUUUAAAUGUCGUCUGUCGUAGAAUUGCAUCAAAUCGAAAAUCUCCGAAUAGGAUUUCAAAGUAAAAUAGAGUAAAUCGUCGCCUCGCAAUAAUUUGCUGUCGUCGUAUAAUCAUCUCCCAAACUUGAGUAAUUUGCAAUGCCAAAUUCGUGAUACCAUAAUUUUUUUUAGUAAUACAUAUAUAUACAUAUAUAUUCUAAACACAGCUUCCAAUGUAAUCGUAAAGUUUUCAGUAAUGAAAAAUAUCAGUUUUGCUAAUGCCCAAGAAUCGUUGUAAACAGAAGGACAAGAAAAAAGCUCUUAGACUACAAAUUAACGGUAAUUAAUGGCCGAAUGGUGACGAGACGUUGGAAAUUUUAAAGAUGCUCUUUUAUCGGAAAUAUUAUCUUAUUUACAAAUUUUUAAUAAGUCGUGCCUUUUAAUAUAAUCUCCAUAGAUUUUAUUCAAACGUGGGAAACACAAACUAUUUUUAAAUCACUGAUAACCACGCGAUACAGGGUGAUCUACCAAAGAAAAUGAAGAACAAGACUGCUACUGGUAUGCAUAAUAUGAAGUUCUCUUAAAACUGUCUCUUUUAAAAGAAAUUUAACCACUCGCGAGGCCAUGAUUAAUCGUGCCCUACGGUAGCGAAAUAUUUUUUUUAUGUUCAUAUUGAAAGUGCCUCCCAUUCUCUUUCACUUUUAUCGACAAUGCGAACCAAUAACUUACGAAUAGCCGCACCCGAAUAGACUCGAAACGAUUUGAACGUUAGUAAACGUGUACAUGUGUACUAGUUAGCUUAAAAUCAAACAAGCUUUGUCCGAGUAUGAAUAAUAUAAUUUGUAUCGUAUUAAUUUUUUCUUAUUAUAUGUAUCCCUGUUAUAUUAAAUAUUGUAACACGAAACUAUUAGGAAGAUUAGAAAGAAUAAAUUGUUCUUUAUUAUGUUAACAA